AUGGCGAUUCGAACAUUCUCUUCUCUUGUCCGCGCCACUCUUCACCAAACCCCAAAACCUCAUUCAUUACGCUUCUUCUCUACACUUGUACACGAUCCACCUCCACCAGAACUAGUAAACGAGAUCUCCCGCGUCCUAAGCGAUCACCGUAACCCCAAAGACGACCUCGAACACACCCUCACCCUCUACUCUCCACGACUCUCCUCCAACCUCAUCGAACAAGUCCUGAAACGCUGCAAAAACCUCGGCUUCCCCGCUCACAGAUUCUUCCUCUGGGCUAGACGAGUCCCAAACUUCGAACCCAGCUCGGAAAGUUACCACAUUUUGGUCGAGAUUCUCGGUAGUAGCAAGCAGUUCGCUUUGCUUUGGGACUUUUUGAUCGAAGCAAGAGAGUAUAACUACUUCGAGAUUGGUCCUAAAGUGUUUUGGAUUGUGUUCAGAGCUUAUAGCAGAGCGAACUUACCAACUGAAGCUACUCGUGCUUUUAAUCGAAUGGUUGAGUUUGGGAUUAAGCCUAGUGUUGAUGAUCUUGACCAGCUUCUUCAUUCCCUCUGCGAUCGGAAACACGUGGAACACGCGCAGGAAGUGUUCGACAAGGCGAAACACGGGUUUGGGUCCGAAUUUAGCGCCAAGACGUAUAGCGUUUUGGUGAGAGGUUGGGCGAGAGUGAGAGAUGCGUCGGGCGCACGGAAGGUGUUCGAUGAAAUGCUUGAGAGAAACUGCGAAGUCGACUUGCUCGCGUACAACGCGCUUCUAGACGCGUUGUGCAAAUCGGGCGACGUGGACGGAGCGUAUAAGAUGUUUCAAGAAAUGGGUAAGCUCGGACUUGAGCCUGACGCGUAUAGCUACGCGAUUUUCAUCCACGCGUACUGUGAUGCGGACGAUGUUCACUCGGCUUAUAAGGUUCUUGAUCGGAUGAAACGGUACGAACUUGUACCCAAUGUGUACACUUACAAUCAUAUUAUAAAGACGCUCUGCAAGAAGGAGAAGGUUGAUGAUGCUUACUUGCUGUUGGAUGAGAUGGUUAAGAGCGGAGCUGAUCCGGAUACUUGGACAUACAAUUCGAUAAUGGCGUAUCACUGCGACCACUGCGAGGUGAACCGAGCAACGAACCUGGUCUCUAGAAUGGACAGAACAAAGUGUUUGCCGGAUAGGCACACUUACAAUAUGGUUCUCAAGUUGCUGAUAAGGAUAGGGAGAUUCGACCGGGCCACGGAGAUGUGGGAAGGGAUGAGCGAGAGGAAGUUUUAUCCGACGGUGGCGACGUAUACUGUGAUGAUCCAUGGGUUGGUGAGGAAGAAAGGGAAGAUGGAAGAAGCUUGUAGGUACUUUGAGAUGAUGAUUGAUGAUGGGAUUCCGCCGUAUUCGACAACGGUUGAGAUGUUGAGGAACAGGUUAGUGGGUUGGGGACAGAUGGAUGUUGUGGAUGUUUUGGCGGGGAAGAUGGAGAGGAGCAGUUCUUGUAAGGUUAGAGAAAUGGCGGUUGAGAUGAGAGGGAAGAGGAGGAGAGUGGGACGUAGAAGUGAAGGAAGCGAAGAUGAUGGUUCUGAGCUUGAAAGAGAAACAUAUGAAUAAUAAAGUUGAUAAAUAUCUUAGAGUUAUAAUAAGAACUCAAGAUCUAAAUUGGCUCUAAGAGUAGUUUGGAUUUAUCAAUGGCGAGGAACGUUGUAGUCCUAAAGACAAGACAAGAGACUCUGAGCUAAUAGCGAGAAACGUUCUCUAAAGACAAGAGACUCUCACAGUCUCACUGUGGUUCAUGUAACAAUAGAUAUCUUGGAGAGUGGUGUUUUUUCUCUAAUCCCCUCCAUAUUCGACCCUACUUGUACGUUUUCUCUUUGGAUCAUAAUAUUAAACACAGAUUGUUUUCCUAGCUCUUUUCUUCACAUUCAAGUAUAGAACACGUAUAUU